UAAUAACUUACUAUGGUCAUAAAUCUAUCUUCGUGCACAGUGCGUUCUGCGUGAAGGAUAAAUUGGUCUCACACCAAGGUUUGUAAACCCGGAAGUGCUGACACCCGUUGUUACCCGCCUUUCCGCCGAAAGUGUGGCGAAUAAAGUAGUGACAGACGUUAGACAAGAACAACAACACCGCCAACAACAACAAGACUGCGGUGGGUGACAUCUAAGCAGCUUAGUACACAGCCAUUCUUUCUGGCGACUGAAGAAGAAGAAAGCUGUGAGACAGGCAACUCUCUGAAUCCAACACGUUGAGCAGAAACCUCCUUGGCAGUCUUUACAAAAACACUGAAGCGAAUCUUGCAAUGAAAGAAGCAACACCCAAGGAGGUCCCUGUUCGGAUGCCUCCCAUUCCCCGCUUCCACGUCCGGCACGGAACAAACAUCCAGCUGGAUAAAGACAAGAUGGUGGCCAGGAGGGCGGGAGGCUUUGGUGAUGCCGUGACCUUCAGCGACCGACCUCUUGCACCGGGAGAAAUAUUUCUUCUUGAGAUUGAGGACGACGAACGAGGCUGGAGCGGUCAUCUACGUAUCGGUUUGACCAUGUUAAACGUGCAGAACAUCGACAUCCCUCCACACUCCCUCCCCGAUCUAGUCUAUAUGGGGAAAAGCUGGGUGGUGGCGAUAACCAAGACACCGCUGAGUCUGCCUGAGGAUGACGACACAGACCAGGAGCCUCCUCCUGACAGGACGGUGAAACGUGUCAUACAUCUGGAUCAGGGUCUGAUUCGGACCGGCUUCCAGGUGGUGGACAGGGAACAGCUGGUGGGGACGCCACGCCCGCCCUUGCUGAGGCUGCUCAGGCCGCCGCCCGCCGCGGAGGGAAUGGUGCGGAAUCAGAACACGGAAUCCACGGCGGUGGGCAGCAGGAUCGGUGUGCUGUACAGCCUGGAGAGAGGCGUGGGUGAGAUGCAUGUCCUGAUCAACGGUGAGGACCAGGGACCCGUGGCAACUGACAUCCCAGUAGGCACUGAACCUAUUUUUGCUGUGGUGGAUGUUUAUGGGACAACCAAGAGAGUACGACUCGUUCAACUGUAUGGAGUGCCAAACCUGCAGGACUACUGUCGAGAGCUGAUUCGGACCCAGUGCAGGUGCUCCCGUUUUGCCAUUGGACAGCUUCCCCUACCAGCAAGACUGAAACAGUACCUGAAAUAUGAGGCUUGUUGAAACUGGCACAGUUUUAUCUGACAGACAGUGUUAACUGACUGACUUCUGUUUCAGAAAUUCACUUCAUGCUGAAAUUCCCUUCAUUGCAAAGUUAUUCCAGUACCUUUGUACCUUAUACAAUGUACAAGUUUAGUAACUGUAUCUAAGUACUUUGUAGAAUGUAGAUUAGAGCUCAUGAUUUAUAUGUUAACAUCAUUUUCCUGUCAUUAGCUUUUGAUGUUAUGAAGUACUGUGUUCAGAUUGAAAAAAACAACAACUUAAAUUGCAAAAUGAAACAAUAAGAUGUGAAAGAACAUUCCCAUUCAUUUACUGCAAAGGAUUGUAAGAAAAGCUUAAAUGGUGUAACCUAAUGAUAACAUGAUAACUUGUGUUUCUGACACCAAAUUAAUACAUCAAAAUGUAACAUUUGUCUGAUUACAAUGAUAGAUGUACUCACAGAUCCAUGCAUAACUGUCAAAAAUAUCAUGAUUGAUUGGCAAUAUUGAUUUGGGGUCCAUAUGGGGGUUUUAGGGAUACUAUAAAGGCAAUUAUGCUGAUUGUACACAUUCUUAGAUUUGCUUUCUAACGUUAUUAGACCCGUGGUACCAGUUCCUAAGUCACUUCGUACGUACCAACUAUGUUGUGCAUAAUGAGAAGGCUCUACAUGGGGGUUACCAGGACUCCACAAAUGUGAUACCAUUUAAUAGGAAGGGCACAUGGAUGCAGAUCUACUUUAUACAUAUUGAAAAUCGUAGAACAAGACCACAACAAAGGUCAAGAGUAACGCUAUAGAGAUCAGUUAAGGUAACAAAGUUUAAGUGCUGUACACCAAUGGGGUGUUAGUAUGCCUGACUAUUCAUUCAUCACCAUCCGACCCCCAUCUUCCGACCUCUGCCUAAUUCUCUCGUGCAAUGACUAUUAAAACCAAGAUU